GGAAGAAGAAGGAGGAGGAGGAGGAGGAAGGAAAAGAAAGAAGGAAGCUAGGAAGAAUAGGAGGAAAUAAGAAGAGAAAGAAGAAAGAAGAGGAAGAAGAAAGAAAAAGAAAGAAGGAAGGAAAAAGAAGGGGGGAGAAAAAAGAAGAAAGAUAAGAAGGAAGAAGAAAAAAGAAAGCAGAGGAAGAUAAAAAAAAAGAAGGAUUGACUGAUAGUUCAUAUUUGCAGGGAAACAACAAAGGAGAAGGGAGAAAGAAUGAAGAAGAAGGAAGAAAAAAAGAAGGAGAAAGAAGGAAGAGAAAGGAAGAAGAAAGAAUUAAGAAGGAAGAGGAAGAAGAAGAAGAGGACCCGUCACCCCUGCCACCCCACGCAUGCGCAGACGCGAGCAUCAGCCGCGGCCGCAGGUUUGAACACGGAGAGACGGAGCCGCCGCGCCCUUGGAGAUUUGACCGUGUGCUAGACCUGAACCCUGCCCGUGACGUGUGGUGGCCAUGCCAAGAUGAAGACCAGGAGCAGCCGUGCCGAAAGUGCAUCAAAAGGUCAAGGAAGGUUCUUCAGAAAGUUUUGGAAAUCACCUGGUCAGAAUGGACAUGAAGGGAGUCAGCCUGCUCAGCAGUGUAACAGCCAAGCUGUACUCUCAGACUGCCAGUCACCAGUGUCAUCAAAGAAGCUUCAGUCACAUGCAAAUUCACAAAUAGAAAAUCUCAAAGAGAAUUGUAUUAGCUUGAAUGAUACUAUGUCACCUAUCAUUGGAAACAGAAGACGAGCUUUGGGACCAAGAAAUGUCUGCAGGAACUUAAGUUCUGUAACUCAAGGAUUUCAAAAAGAAAAGAUUGCUCCUCCCAAGAUAGGUGAUAAUAACCAAAAAGGCAAGGUAUCUCCUUUACAAGAAAAUGUGAAUGCAAACACAUCAAAGAAAGACAGAGGAAUGGCAGAUGUCAAAAAGCAAACUGCAACAAAAGAGAAGAAUGUGGUCCCUGGUAAGGAAAAUGUUUUUGCUGCAACUCAGACUUCUUUAAGGCAGUCAAAAAGAAUCAAGGUGGCCAAGAGAAACAAAGAUGCACAAAAUGCACCAAAGAAAGACCAAAGAGAUACAUCUACCAGGGGACAAACUGAGACUAAGUUACUGUCUGAAGCAAACAGCCUCCCAAAGGAAAGAACAGUGAAAGGAGCUGGCAGAAAGGAGCUAGGUCCUCAAACAAAACCACAAGGAGCCACCAUUACAAAAAGUCUGAAGAAUAAAACUGCACUAGUACAAACAAGCAACAUCACAAGAUCUCUGAAUAAAGAGAAUAUUAAAAGUCCCCAUGUCAAAGCCUCUGUUUCUGCAGAACAGGAUGCAGAUACUUGUAAAAAGGAACUAGGUUUUCAAACGAGACCUCAGAAAGCAACCACUGGGAAAAAUCUCAAGAAUAAAGCACCAGCAGUACGAGCAAGUGACAUCACAUCUGGGGGCAAGCGGAGCCUGAUUAGCACCUGUGACCAAGUGCAUGUGGCUGCUGAACAGUCUUCCAGCAGUGAAAAUAAAGAAAGUCACAAAACAGGUAAAGAUACCACUGUUUUAACUAGGAGAACAUCUAAGAGAACAACUCCAAGGUCAUUGGGUAAGGAGGAUAAUGUUGACAAAGGUGAUGACACUCCAAAAACAAUUGAUGCACAGCGAAGAGUUAAGACUAAGACACCUGCAGAGGAAGAAUCAAAUGUAAAAGAAUUAUCCCCCAGUUUGGAAUCUAAAGGAAAGGCUCAAACAAAGUCCAAACAACCAGUCUGGGCUUCAGUUAGAGGCAUCAAAAUAACCCCUGGGAAGAGGAAGUCUUUCAGACUCGGCAAGGAUGCCUAUGAGUUUUCUGGUAGCCCAAGUAAAGAGCAUAAAGAAGUCAAAAAGAGUAAAAAGAAAACAAGAAAACCGAUAAAGAAGAUGAAACCACGUACAAAGUUGACUCUCCUUACAACAGAUCCCUCUUGGCAAGGUGCUGCUUCCAAGGGCAUGCUAUUCCUUGGUACCUCAUUGUCCCGCUCCACCAGUAAAGCCACUGCUUCCAUGGGGUGCUUGGAGGACUCAGUGGAUGAUAUGGGGGAGGGAACAUCCAUACCUAGUAUCCUGUCAAGUAUUAGGGAUGAGGAUGCUACAGAUGAUUUUUCCUCUGAAGCUGACUUUGAUGGAUUUGAAGAGGAGACCAGAAGUUCAUUUAUCAUUCCCAGCAAAUCUAAUAACAAGUUAAUUCAUGUUGGUUCCACCAGUGUGCUGCCUACUCCAGCUGCAUCUAACUAUAAAUCCAACUUUGCAGGAAAUUCAUCUACUCCAAGAAUGGAAAAUGCUCUUCGAACAGAGGCGCCUGAGUCUGUGUCAGUUCCCAUGACUUCAGCCAAUGUUUUACCUACUCCAGUGGUAUCUAAACAUAUUACAAAAUUUAUAGGAGGCUCAUCUACUCCAAGAGUGGAAAACACUGUGGAAUCAGCACUAAAUCAAGAAGCAGAAACAGGAAAUGACAGCCUAGCCCAGUGCUUUGGUUUUACUGAUGAACCAGAGGAAGAAAGUGAUCUCAACAUAUCUCCUGUCCAACAGUCCAGACUGCGCCACACACUGGAAAUCACAGGCACCUCAGAUGUAAUGGACGGGGAUUUACAUCCAGCCACUUUGCCAUCCAGGUUCUCUUGGAGCUCACUUCGCCCAGGUAACCGAACCAGAACAUCCUUCACAAGCCGAUCCUCAAGCGUGGUGGCUCAGGGCCGAUCAGUGUCCCUCAUGACAGACACUUCAUCUCGCACUUCACAGCCCACACUAUCUUCAUUCUUAGUACCGACUGUGGAAAAACAGCAUCUAAGACCACAAAGGAAAAAAUUAGAUCAUUCACAUAGAGACAAGGGCAGUGUGAGUAUAGGAACAGAGCCUGGAAAGAGAUACAAGGAAACUGAUGUGUCUAUGUUAUUUGAUGAAAAUGAAGUGAUAGAGGGAGAGACUUCUGGAGGAAAGGAGGUGAGCGAAGCCUCUCAGCCAGGCAGCACACAAUCACCACUUAACCCAGCAGCAGAGGGUACUGCUAACUCCCCUGAAAAAAGCUUCCAAAAGGCACCAAGAAAGUCAUAUGACCGAAGAUCAUUGCUGAAUGCUAAGAGGAAGUUUAUUGAGAUGCAUGCAGGUUAUGCUGGUUCAGACUCCAAUUCUGAGGAAGAGGAACCCAAAGCCAAAACUCACAAAAAAACAAAGAAGGCAUCCAAAAAGUCUAAAAAGCCAGUAAAAGAGACAGAGAAGAACUCCAAGAAAGUAUCCAGCACCACAUCAAAAAAGAAGAAAGCUGCUGCUGCUGCUAAUGAUCCACUGAUGAACGAGUGGGUCUCUCGCCUCAACAAUCACUUCAGCGAGGUGGAAGAGAGCAUAUUGGUGGUGGAGUGAAGCAGCAGAACACACCACCAUCGGAAACUGAUUCAGACACCCACCUCUCCCACCUAAAGAUUUAUAUAUAUCUUCAAUGAAGUGAAACAUUUAUAUGAAUGAAGUAUAUCAGUGUUACUUUUCUUGAUAUUAAAUAUUGUACAGUUCAUUGAUUUUUUAGUUAUAUCAUAUUCAAGUACACUUUUUCAGCUUUCGCUAGGAAAAUUUUCUUCCUUAAUAUUAUUUAUUUCUCAUUGUUUUGCAGGCUAAAGUUAUAUUGCACAAUAAUUGUAGAAAAUUAUUUCAUUACUUAAGCCAAAAAUAUGCACAUACAUAACCACCACUUAACUUUACAAACCUUUGAAAGCAUGACCCUGUCAAGGGCUCAAGGCAUCUUGCAGCUAAUAUUUCUUCACGUGUGUUGUACAGUGGGGCCCUGCGACUAGCAGUUUUCUAAGUAGUGAUUUAAAGUCAAGUGAUAAGAUAGAUACAGUCCUGAGUUUCAUAACUACCGAUCAAAGCUGCAAAAAUAUUCUGAUUGUGUGGGAGGAAUGAGUGGGCAAGUUGCGUCAAGACAGCCCUAGAAGUCGUUGCAUGGGGAGUUAUACAGGAAGGGUUGGCUCCAGCAUCCUGUGUUCAGUUGACCCAUUAGCCUCACACUGUUGUGUAUCAUUACACAAUGGAGCUAUCAAGUUUUGGCAAGAUGGUGCUGUUAGCACUGAGUCAUAUUGCAGGCAGGGUGUCAGUUUGUAAACAAAGCAGAUGACGGAGCUGUGAGUGUGGCCUGUGUCACCGCUUCUGCAUCUUUUUAUCAUCAUCAUCAUCAUCAUUUUCAUCUGUUUAACUCAGUCUCCAAUGCUCAAUGCUGCCAUCCCAACAACUCUCCUCAAUGCUCCACCAUCCCCUCUCCUCUUCAUGUGCCCAAACCACCUCAAUUUCUGUACUCUCAGCACUGUACCUAGCUCCUUCAAUGCACAUUUUGCCAUCUCCUCACUGUACACCCCAUCUCUCCAUGUGAUCCCAGCCAUAUACUUUAACCUACUCUGAUCACACCCAACAAACACAUCCUCAAACUUCUUUAUUAAAGCCCAUGUCUCAGAGCCAUAUAGCAAUACUGAUCUGAUACAAGCUUCAAAUACUUUUCCUCAACUUUUUAGUGGAAUACAUUUAUUUGUCAGCAGCCCUGUUAUUUCUCUCCUUUCUUUCAUGUUUAUGCUACCUGUAUUCUUAAUGCUCUACCUUUGCUAUCUAACAUCGCCAAGAUAGCAAAACUGUUUCACUUCUAUUACACCACCGUCCAUUUCCAUAAUUUCUGCCUUUUUUUCUUCUAGCGGUUCCCCUCCAACGAUUCUUCUUACACAUGCUGGACAGCAGAAAUCUACCACUAUUCAAGUUUGUUUGUCCCUAACAUCUUUUAUGGCAUCACUACAUCUUACCUUCUACAAAUACUUCAUUCAACUAUGAUUGCUGUUUCCAGUAUAGGGUUGCCUAUAGGAGCUGCUUAGGGAAUAUAGUGAGGGAGUUGUUUUGUGGGAUUUGUUGCACUCACCUGAUCAGCUGUUCCGUUUGGCUCAUCCCCCCAUCCACGGGUCAAUUGAACACAGGUGUGUGAUGUUACCUGUUGCCCCGCUCAGCCCUGUUAACCCUGAGGACCUUACUGGGUUUUAUUUUCAUGAACUGCUGCAAUAUGAGAAGAGUGACAUGCUGGGGAGGCUGCUGCUUUCUGGCUGCGCAGGAGUGUGGCGGCAGUGCUGGCCCUCAGAUGAUGCACUCCCAUCUCCUGAUAUAUCUUUUCAAUAGAGAGCACAUUCAAAGUUUAUUUAAUGGGUAUUUUUGUUACCUUUCCCUACUAGUAGUUAUGUUUAUUUAUGUAUGUAAAUUUAGUUGAUUAAAGCAGGUGAAAUAGGGCAAAAGAAGUCAUCUGAAAAGUUCUAGUUUAUUUUUAUUUUUUGCUAUUUAAAGUUUGCCCUAAACUAGCGGUCUCAGAACCAGCAAUGCUUUUUCAGUCUCUUAUUAUUGCUAGACAUUGGGCACCACUGUAGCAUCAUUAUUCAUAGUAGGAUCUGAAUUUUAGCAAUAAAAACAUUCAAAUUGGCUUCAUUCAUAGUAACGUCUGAUCAUUAUAGCAUACCUGACUGUACUUACGUUCACAUCAAAGAGUUGAAAUGCCAUAUAUUUGGCCUUCUAUAAUGGGAACCUAUAGGUACUCAACUUUGAUUUGGUUUAAAGUUGUUUGCCUAAUUACUUUUUGUUUUUAGAUGUAAUUUCUAAUUCUUAAUAUUCAGAUAUAGAUUGAUGUACAAUAUUGUCUUGCUUCAUUUACAAUAUUAAAUGACAUGAAGAUUCAGUGUUAGUUGGAAAUGACUUAAGUGCACCCAUUAUGUUGGAGCAGGGGUUCUUAACCUUUUGAUGAUCCCAGACCAACAUUGGAUUACUCAGUAUGGUCACAUACCCCCUUUGCUUGACUGCUGAAAUCAUCAUCACCAGUCCUAUUUAAUAUAUAAUGAUAUUCAGAGAUUGAGUCCCAUACCACCAGCAUUUGGUUCUCAUACCCCCAAGGGGUAUGGAUAACCCCAGUUAAGAACACCUGCCUUAGACUUUAGUAUUGGUUUGGAGUAAUUUGAAUACCUAUUAUUUCUUGAACACAGGCAACUUAUCACACUAAUAGAAUAUAUGAAUUAGUGUUUGUCUUGUGAACUCUGUCCCUUACCACCUUUAACCCUUAAACGACGGGUAUUGUUUCCACUGAAUGGUCCCUGGAUAGGGGUAAAAACAGCUGAUAUUUUUUUGUUGUUUAUUCAUAUUGAAUGAAGAGUUUUAACUCCCUCAACACAAUGGUGAAAUCCAAAUUGCGAUAUGUUGUGUUAUAGUCACGAUAGCAAAUGUAAAAUAUAGCCAGGGUGUGAACUGCCGGCAUGAGACAGUGCUCCGGGCAGCUUGGAGGGGCCUCCACCAAGGAUGCUCAACAUGUCAACACAGGCUGGCCAUGGUGGCAGCAUGCUUCACACUUCCCCUCAUAAUUGAAUAUCAAUAAUAUGAAUUGCUUGUUACACUGAAAUAAUUAGACAACAUCUACUUUACUCCCUUACUUCUAGUCCUCCUUAGAGCUGGCUGUUACGGGGCAACACACACCAUAUACACGUAGCCUGAUAUGGUGGAAGCAUUUGCUGGGCUAGAGUGCAGUUUAGAUAGUGAAGUAAUAUCAUCACUCUCACUACUGCAUCACUGGUCACAAUCUAUUCAUCACUUAUCAUUGUACUCAGAAUAAUCUUGACUUUCUAUCCCGUCCUAUCCUCCUGAUGCGUCACUGUGUUUCCCUGUGUGUUCUUAUAUUAGGGUUCCAGGGCUACUCAGUGAGGACUAAUGUUCAUAUUUAAAAUCCACGAGGGUCAGAUAUGCUGGCUGACAACUCAGCAAGUCACAGAACCUGCCAAAUUUGAUCUAAACAUUCAAAUUAAUGGCGCGAAAGAGUCUGAUUAAAUAAAUGAUGGCUGUCUGUGUGGACUGCGCUGGGUUUGAUUAGAUAAAUGAUGUCCGUUGUUUAAGGGUUAAUUAAAACAACUUUUUCAAAUGCUUUUUCAUAGUUAAUGCUAUUUUUAUUUGCAUGUUACUAGAUAACAGUAUUUGAUUCCUUUAUGGAAAAUAUUAAUGAUGUAUGCAUUGUUUGAAGUAAGUUUGGCCGGAAAAAAAUAAGGUUUAUGGUGUUUGUAUGAUCAUUAUUUGUGCAGAGGCGAACAAAACGGUGGAAUGAAUAGUUCAUCUAACAGUGAACCUAAAUGCUGCAUAUGAGCCCUGAAAAUGUCAUUUGUUUUCAUAUUCUAUUUUGUUUUAUUAGAAGUGGCAAUACUGAUUUUCAACUGGCAGUUAUUUUUCACAAGUCUGUUUAUAUAUUGUAAUGGCAUUAUGUGGCAUAGCAGUUAGUCCUGCAGCAGCACCUGGAUGACAGGUCAGUCCUGCAGACUUUCAUUGUGAAAUUCGAAGGUCUGAUCAUGUAACCAAGAUCGUCCAUGGAUAUGUAAAUAGAAAUCAUCUUUUUUCUGUAAAAAUAUCAGAAUUUUCAUUUAGAGUAAGUGAAAAAUAUAUCUAUGCAAUAUAAUUCCUUUGGUUAAUAGUUGUAUGAAUUUAUGAAGAAUUUGUGUAAGGAUCAUAGGAAUAACUAGUAAGUGAACACUAUAUUUAGUGUUAGGCUUAAAAUUCUUUACAUUAUGAAGGUCAAUUUUUGUAUUGUGUAAUGUGAGGUUAAUAUGAUGGUGUUGGUAUUGGAUAUGUUUUAGUUAUAUUGUAUGCUUCAAGUGGAAGCUACACUGCGGACAACUUUAUAUUUUCUUAAUAUAUCUCGAUUUAACUUGCAGAUCUCCAGUUAUUUUCUUAUUUAUUUUUAAUUUUUAAUUUUUUUUUAUUUUUAUUUUUUUUUUACGUCGCGACCUAUAGCGCCGGUAGGCUUUUUCCUGGUGGGGCCUGAUGGUCGGCCCAAGGCUUCUUCCCGGUGGGUCCUGAUGGUCGGCCCAGCCCGUUCUGGCGCAGACGAGUGUUUAUAGUGGCGCCAUCUUGCAUUGGCUCAUGCUGCCCUCCUGGAGCUCAUCUUUAAUCCUAGAAUCUAGAGUCUGGGUUGAUAGGUGGUCUUCUGGACAGCAUGUGGGUAGUUUUAAGCCACUCGGCGGCGGCUGAAAAAUCCCAGCUUGGUGGCACCGGGCAGGGAUUGAACUUGCGUCCUCCUGAACGCGGUGGUGUUACUCUGUCGAUUCAGCCACCGCCUCCCCCUAUAUGAAGAAUAAAUACUACAGUAAGGUAUGUUUAGACAUAAUCAAGAAUUUGUAAUGCAUCUGAAAUUGUGUUCUUAAUGUUUUUUCUUCACAUCGUUUACUUCUGUAAGCCAAUUCUGUAUGAAUUUGUUGAAACUGGUACACUAAGGUUUAAGAAUGCUCCCAGGUGUGUCUGUUCCAAUUGCAAAUAAUGUUAAGACUUGGUGUGGAAAGAUGAAUUCAGUUUGUAUACUGAAAGUUCAGUGUUGAAGUAACCCUUUGCUUAGCCUGAGUUUGUUAUAUUGGGAUAGGCAGUGUGUGUGUGUGUGUGUGAAUGACUGAGUGAGAGAGAGCACUUGUGUGUACAAAUAAGAAAAAUAGGAUGGUGUUGUGACCCAUUUCAGUGUGUGUAUUUUUCCCAUUCUAAACUGUACCUCUUUCUGGCUCUUCAAUCUGUGGCCACCCAGCACCCUGUUUAGUGUAUGGAAGGAGAUAUUGUAUGCAGCAUUUUUCUUAAAUCUUACUUACCUGUUUCUGGUUUUCAUGCAUAUGUGUAGUAUGAAUAUUUUUUCGUCACAUUUUUGACAUCUCAAGACUAAUGAGUUCAGUACCUGGAUAUUUUAUGUUUUAUAAUAAAUAUUUAACAUUC